AUGGGGAGCUUCUCAAAUUUUCGCAUUGCGCAACCUAAGAUGGCCGACUCCACGAACCCCCCUCAUCCUGAAAUGGGAUGGGAUUGUGCCCCUCGACAAAUUCUCUGCUGUCUAAUGAGAUUCUUCAUUGUACCACCUGGCGAGUUGAAGCUAAUCAUUGGUGAAUUUGUCCGGGAAUAUACCUGCGGUGCCCAUGGCCUCUUGACUAUGUCUUACGAAACCCUUCACGCUCAGUGGCUGAAGAUACAGGACCAAGAUGAACCUGUCUGGCGCCAUGUGCACGCGCUGACAGGUUUAAAAACGGAUGGGAUAUGGGUGGAGAGGAUCUCUCAGAUUCAAGCUAUUGCACAGCGACUGAGCAUAACUCUUAACGUAAGAGUCGGCAAUAUCACGGAACCGUCAGGAUCUUCGGCAUUUGAUGCCGACGAGCAUCUCCCCGAGAUCCUGGAGUCAGCCGUCGCAGCUAGAUCCGAGACCAAACCCCAUACAGCGCCCCUCGUCCCCAUGGACCCGCUUCCGAUGCAGAAGAGCAUUGAAGGAAAACCGGAGAUGACGAUUCUCCGACUGAAUUAG